CUGGACCAGGGCACUGCAGAAUACGGAGUCACCAAAUUUAGCGACCUGACAGAGGAAGAGUUCCAUUCCACGUACCUGAAUCCGCUGCUGGCGAAGCUACCAGGCCGGCCAAUGAAAGUGGCCUCCAUCCCGAAUGGCUCCUUCCCUGAGGAAUGGGACUGGCGGGACCAUGGGGCCGUCACAGGGGUCAAAAACCAGGGCGACUGUGGCUCCUGCUGGGCCUUCUCUGUAACGGGCAACAUAGAAGGACAGUGGUACCUUCGCAAGGGCACCUUGCUCUCCCUCUCUGAGCAAGAGCUGGUAGACUGUGAUGUUAUCGACAAAGCCUGUGGAGGUGGCCUGCCUUCGAAUGCUUACGAGGCUAUUGAGAAGUUGG